AUGGGCGCCUUGCAGCUCAUAACCAUCACAACCAUGACGGUGGGGAAGAUCCUCAUUUGCUCUCUUGUAGGGCUUUUUGUCUCCAAACACUUUGUUGCGCCAGAGCAGAGCGUUAAGGGCCUCAGUGUGAUUUCGGUUUUUAUUCUUCUCCCGUGUCUUCUUUUCUCCAACCUUGUGUUGCGCGUCACCUGGACGGAGUUGCGGCAGUACUACUGGGCCCCACUUCUUGCCUGCUUUCCCACCGCCAUUGGAUUUGUGUGCUCACGGGCAUUUAGGCCUUUUCUUCACCCCGGUUGGCACAGCGUACUUACGUUGGGAUGUACUUUUCAAAACGGCUUGACUUUUUCUUUAGCGAUUCUUUUAAAUAUAAAAGGUGUGUCGUGGUUGACAACAGAAGAGGUGGAGCGGGGAGAAUCAUACGUUUUUCUUUAUAACAUCGUCUGCUCUCUUGGACUGUGGGCCAUCGGGGAACCCAUUAUUAGAUUGAGCAAGAAGCGACUGGAGCAGAAACGUCUUUGUAAACAGCAGUUGCAGCAACAUGAGGGGGAAGAGCAAAGGAAUAAUGUGCAGAGGCCGAAAAUGGAGGCCGCCCAUGACACAAUUGUUAUAUACCCGUAUGAGGUGAAUUACUUGCCCGUAAAAAAUGGUAAAUCAGUUGCUGGGGCAAAAGAGA